UUGCUUAAUCACAGUUCAAUUUUUUGAGGAUUAAAGAAUGAAAAAAAAACAGUCAUUCUGUAAUGUGCAAUUUUUCUUGCCUAGUAUACCUAUGCCCCUUCACAUCUACCUGAUCUGACUAAGCCAGUCGAAGGGGUAAAUCAUGCCCUUUCAUAAGCAUAUUUUGAACUUUCUUCACUGUAACGUUUUUGCCCCAAAAAAAAUAGUUGCCAUGACUUUUGAAGUAAGUAAUGAAAGUUUGUCCUGUUGCAAACUUUCUUAAUUAUGACAUGUGGUACUGAUUUUAUUUCUCUGUUAUUAAUGUGUUCCAGAUUACAACAAUGUACAUUUUCUUAUUCCAGGUUGUGAGUGUGUCUAGGACCCCAGGGCACACGAAACAUUUCCAGACCAUCUACCUAACUCCUAAUGUAAGACUGUGUGAUUGUCCAGGUCUUGUGUUUCCUUCCAAAGUCCCAAAGACGUUACAGAUUCUUAUGGGAAGUUUCCCAAUUGCACAACUGAGAGUACCCUUUUCUGCAGUUCAGUAUUUGGCUGAAAGACUAGACCUGCCUAAUUUGUUGAAGCUGCAACAUCCUGAACAUGACGAACAGUGGUCUGCCAUGGAUAUCUGUGAUGGCUGGGCUUUGAAGCGUGGUUUCUAUACAGCUCGAGCAGCUCGUCUUGAUUCAUAUCGUGCUGCCAAUAGCCUGUUACGCAUGGCAUUAGAUGGAAAGAUCUGCUUAUGUCUCCAUCCUCCUGGCUAUUCUAGUAAAAAAGAUUACUGGGAGAAGCAUGCUGAUGUUCAACUUGUUCAAUGGAUCCAAGCCAAAACAAGUGAACAAGCAGCAGGUGAUGAAGGUGGUGAUUUUACUCCAUCAGAAGGCGAGGAGGAAGAGAAUAGUAGAAAAGUACCAGAAGCAGAUGGUAAUGAAGCUUAUGAAAAAGCUAAACAAGACAGCAGUUCUGGACCUGAAGACAGUGAUUCAGAUUCUGGAUUUGAUGUUUCUAAUAAGUUUUCAGUGCUGGGUACUGACGAAUAAGCAUUAGAUAUGCCACAAAAAGUAUUUUGUUAUCUGUAUUAUGCAAUGUACAUUUUGUUAUGUAAUUGAAGGCUGUUCAAGAAAUAAAUAACAAUACUACAUAAUUAAAUUUAUGAUAAUUAUUAGGGAGUAAGUCCAGUGGCCUAUUUCAUCCUUGUUAAAACUUCUGAAAUAGGGGAACCACUAUCAUCAAUUAAUACAAGAUCCUAAAAUAUGGUCUAAUAAUAGACUUUUGGUAAAUAUGCAAGGUUUCUUGGGAUCUAAAACAUGGUCGCCAAACAAAAUCAGUAUGUUCUGUUUACUUUGAUAGGGUAAGCAACAAACAAAUAUAACUGGGAAUAUAAAAAUAUGGGAAGAAUAUAGUCAUAUCACAUUUCUAGUUAUAUUGUGCAGUAUAUAUAGCAUAGCGUAGUACAGUAGAACUUGGUUAUA